GCUAGCAGCAGAGGUCUCCUCCUUCUGUCACAAACAGGACACACACCAAGAGAACCAGACGGUCGACCUGAAAGAUGACAAGUUUGACGUUCACAGCUUUGGAACCUUCUCAAUUUUUUUUUUUUUUACAAGGGAAUCCCCAAUUUGUAAACAUCAUGACGUAGAGGAGAUCCCCCACUCAUGCCCCCCUCUGUAGCCCCUUUGCCCCAUGUGUGCCCCUCACGCACCCGGAGCUUCGGCCCUCUGCGAGGCCUCGACUCUGCUUCUUGCAGAGAGGGCGGAGGGGGGCAUUUUAGGGCUGGGAUAUCCCUGUGUCAAGGUGUGCCGGGCUGAUAGACGUGUUUGUAUGUCAUGCCCCCCCCCCACCGCGCGGCGCAUCACUCCUCAGUGACCAAUGGGACUUCAGAACGCUGCACCUUCGGCUGUCGACGUACUUUCAUGUGGGUGUUCCCGCUUCCCCGCAUCUGUUCUCAUCUUAUCGACCGUCCGGGUUCACUUUGUCGCCGAGCUCGCCGAAGCCGACAGAGCGGAGAUCGUCCUGCUUCCAGAGCUGGAGAUCAGGUGGGAGUACCUGCAUACAGGGGAUGAAGAAGAACGCUGAACACUGAAACCAGCAUCCAUGGAAAACAAUUUCAGUUUUGAUGAGGGGAGUGACAUGUCCUACGAGGACAACAACCCGGCCUCCCCCUCUCCUCUGAGACUAAAUUCUCCAGAGCAGAGUGGAAACUUUGACUGUGGAGGGAAUGAGGACUCCGUUGACCCUCCUCCAGAAGCCAUCAUCAUUCCCAGUGAUUCAGACGCUUUUCUGAAUGUGAACACCAAUGCCACGACCAGAGGGGAUGCUCAGGCCUAUGUGGAGCUGAAUGAGCUCCAGGGUAACACCUGGCAGGAGACGGCCCGAUGGGUGGGCUACGAGGAGAACUUCGACUCGGUCACAGGAAAGUGGAGUCCAUCCCACGUCUCCUACCUCACCUUCAAGAGCUUGAUCCAAGUCCGCAGGGCCAUGAGCACAGGUGCCAUCAUUUUGGACAUGAAUGCCAGCAAUCUGUCCUUGGUGGCUGAGAGAAUUGUUGACGAACUGCUGGCCAAGGAUGAGAUCCGCUCCAGUGAUCGGGAAAGCCUGCUGAGAGCUCUCCUGAUGAGGCGCAGCCAGUCUGAGGGGCCUGUGGUGACUCCCUCUGGAGACAUUCAGAUGCAAACAUUUUCUGUGUCCAAAAAGAGAGACAGCUCCGACAACAUGGAGGCAUCCAUUGUCCUCACAGGGGCCCUCGACAUUCUGCAGAAACCCGUUGUGGCUUUUGUCAGGCUCAGCGAUUCUGUGGUGAUGGAGUCAAUCAUGGAGACUCAUGUGCCGGUUCGCUUCGUCUUUGUUCUGGUGGGCCCCAGCCAGAGCGGGAUGGACUACAGUGAGAGCGGCCGCGCCAUGGGCGCUCUGAUGGCCGACUGGGUCUUCUGUCUGGAAGCGUUCUUGGCCCAGACUGACAAGGAUGUGACCAACGCCAUAGCGGACUUCAUGGACUGCAGCAUCAUCAUUCCUCCAACUGAGAUCCAGGAAACGUCCAUGCUGGAGCCCAUAGUUGAGUUCCAGAAGAAGAUGCUGCGAGACCGACUCCGCCCUGCCGACGCCCGGCUCGCCUUUGGAGAAAGGGUCAGAGCAGACGAGGGCCCAGAGGAACCGAGGGAGGAUCCACUGGCCCGCACAGGUUAUCCUUUUGGAGGAAUGAUGAAGGACAUAAAGCGGCGGUACCGCCACUACAUCAGCGACUUCACAGAUGGGCUGAACCCCCAGGUCCUCUCUGCCAUCAUCUUCAUCUACUUCGCCGCUCUGUCUCCUGCUAUCACUUUCGGAGGACUUCUCGCUGACAAAACAAAGAAAAUGAUGGGUGUGUCGGAGCUCAUGAUCUCUACCAGCGUCCAAGGUAUCAUCUUCUGUCUCUUUGCCGCCCAGCCCGUCCUCGUCAUCGGCUUCUCCGGACCGCUGCUCCUGUUCGAGGAAGCCUUUGCUGCCUUCUGCAACUCUCAGAACAUUGAGUACAUCGUGGGCCGGACCUGGGUGGGCAUGUGGCUCAUAUUGAUUGUGGUGGUCAUCGUGGCGGCGGAAGGAAGCUUCCUCGUCCGAUACAUCUCCCGCUUCACUCAGGAGAUCUUCUCCAUCCUCAUCUCGCUCAUCUUCAUCUAUGAGACUUUUGCCAAACUUAUCAAGAUCUUCGCAACCCACCCUCUGAUCCUGAACUACGACCAAAUCAACCACACGCUGGAUGAUCCCUUCCACCCAAUCAUCAAGACUUUCACGGUGACCCCACAUCCAGGUGCCAACAUCACCACUGUGGAAGAGGAGCACGAGAGAGCCUUCCCCAACACGGCCCUGCUGUCCAUGUGUCUGAUGUUCGGAUGCUUCUUCAUCGCUUACUUUCUGCGCGAGUUCAAGAACACCCAGUACCUCCCCGGCUGGCUCCGUCGUUUGAUUGGAAACUUUGGAGUGCCCAUUGCCAUUUUUAUCAUGAUUGCAAUUGACAUCAGCAUUGCAGACGCUUACACUCAGAAACUGGUUGUGCCAAAAGGUAUUGAAGUCACCAAUCCCAAAGAAAGAGGCUGGACUAUCAACCCUAUGGGAGAAAAGAAAGAGUUCCCUGUUUGGAUGAUGGGCGCCUGCUGUGUUCCGGCUCUCCUGGUCUUCAUCUUGAUCUUCAUGGAGUCUCAGAUUACCACGCUGAUUGUGAGCAAACCCGAGAGGAAAAUGAUGAAAGGAUCCGGUUUCCACUUUGAUCUGCUGCUCCUGGUCACCAUGGGUGGGAUAGCUUCCAUCUUUGGCGUGCCGUGGCUGAGCGCCGCCACGGUUCGUUCUGUCACCCAUGCCAACGCCCUAACGGUCAUGUCCAAGGGGCCCAAACCAGUGAUAGAGAAAGUGGUGGAACAGAGGAUCAGCGGUUUGAUCGUGGCCCUUCUGGUUGGAGUUUCGAUUUUCAUGGAGCCGUUACUUAAGAUGAUUCCUAUGACCGCGUUAUUUGGCGUUUUCCUCUACAUGGGUAUCACCUCACUGAGUGGAGUCCAGAUGUGGGACAGGAUGCUUCUGCUGAUCACUCCCAAGAAGUACCACCCAUCUGAUGCUUAUGCCACCCGGGUGAAGACGCUGCGGAUGCAUCUCUUCACUCUGGUCCAGAUUCUGUGCCUGGCUGUCCUGUGGGCAGUGAAGAUGAGCCCCUUCUCUUUGGCGCUUCCUUUUGUUCUCAUUCUUACCAUCCCUCUGCGCAUGUUGAUGACCGGCACCCUCUUCACCCCCUUGGAGAUGAAAUGUCUCGACGCAGAUGAUGCCAAAGUCAAACUUGACGAUGAACCUGGAGAGGAUGGACUAGCAUAAACAUCACGACCUUUAAAGUGACAUUAUAUUGUUGUUUUUUUAAAUAUAUAUUCUAUUUUCCAUCACUUUAAUAGCCAAAGAUAAGUUAGAAUUUGUCACAAAUUUUGACAUAAAAACAACAGGAAAUGAAUUAUCAUGAUCUGGAAUAUGAAAAUGUACAUUUUCACCCAAAAGUUUGAUUUUUUUUAAAAUUUCUAACUACAUUAUAGCUUUUCAACCACUCCAAAAUAGUAAUAUUUUAUUUUUAGGUUUAUUACUUGACUCUAGCAAACUGAACUUUACCUUUUACCUUCAAAUAAUUGUGUUUUUUAAUAAACCAUUGGUGCCUUUUUCCAGUAGCCUUAAGUUUAUUAUCCUGAAAUGUGUUUUUAGGUAGUGUUGUUCAUUAAAUGUUUGGUAUUUAAGCUCUCAUUUAGAAAUUGUAUAAAAAAACAAAGAUGUGAAACUGACCUGUGCCUUGUUUUAGAGUGUACCUGCUUUUAUGAUUGUAUAUUGCAGUCAGCACUAUUAGAAAUGAAGUUAUGAGAUGCAACUGCAAUAAAGCAUAAAUUGACAUUUUUAUUAUUUUUUUAAUGCUUUACUCUGCAUUUGUUUGUAUGCUUUCAAGUAAACACAUCUUAAAGUGUGCUUGAAACACUGUACAUGCUUGGAAUUCACUUCAUGUAAAAUUUAAAAAUAAAUCGUUUAAAACAAAA